GUAUACCAGUAUGUACUAAUCUGCCUAGGGAGCGAUCAAUAAUACGAAAACGAGACCCUUUCUCGCUACUGCAAAACAUUCUGGUACUAUGUUAAAAACCAAUUUCUAAUCCCAACAUCUCUCGAAUUGCUGCUUAGUACCUUCUGAUCGGCCAUUUUGUAGGUCAAAUCAGGCCCCAGCAUAUUGGCAGCGACAAAGACAGCCACAGAGAUCUUCUCGGGAAACCUCUCCAUGGCAAUGCACAAGCUGGGGCCGGCCAAGCUGUGACCCACCAGAACCACCUUCUUCUCGUCACUGGCCGGCGGCGGCGGCGGCAGGGAAUCCAUGAAGGUGAACAGCGGCUCCGAGUACUCGACGUCGGAAGAAUGCACGUCUUCCACCUGCCGUCGAUCGAUCCCGCUGGCGGCCAUGUCCAGGGCGGUGACCUUGUGCCCGGCUUGUUUCAGCUCGGCGAUCACCUUGUACCAGCACCAGGCUCCGUGGCCGGCGCCAUGGACUAGCACGAAAUGCCUCAUUAUCUUCUUCUUCUUCUUCUUCUUGGCUGUUGUUUCCUUU